GUCUGUGUUUGAUAAAGUAGUGGACAAAAGGAGAGCCAAAGAGAUGGAGUCUAGUGAGAAGGGGAGCCCUAAUGUGGGUGGCUCGGUGGCAGAGGAGAACUACUUCCUGGGAUACACCUUCACCGACCGCUCCCACUCCAGCCGGGUGGUGAAGAGCAUCAUGGACCUGUGUCUGGAGGAUGGCCUGUUUGCUGACGUUACCAUCACUGUGGAUGGCAAAGAGUUCCAGCUGCACCGCUUGGUCCUCUCAGCCCAGAGCAGCUUCUUCCGCUCCAUGUUCACGUCCAACCUCAAAGAGUCCCACAACCGCAGUAUUGAGCUGAAAGAUGUUAGCGCGGCAGUCUUCCAGCUGCUGGUCGACUACAUCUACCAUGGCACUAUAAAGCUGAGGGUGGAGGACCUGCAGGACACGUACGAGAUGGCGGAUAUGUACCAGUUGACUGCCCUGUUCGAGGAAUGCUCCCGGUUUCUUUCACGGACAGUGGAGGUCAAGAACUGCCUCCAGGUAAUGUGGCUGGCAGACAGACACAGUGACCAGGAGUUGUACACUGCUGCCAAGCAUUGUGCCAAAAUCCACCUGAUCCAGUUGCAUCAGACAGAAGAAUUCCUCAAUCUGCCACUGUGUCUGCUCUUGGAUAUCAUUAAAGAUGGUGUUCCGAGCUCCCAGAAUCCAACAGUGGCCAUUGACACGUGGAUAAACCACAUCAAAGUGGAGAGAGAGGAGUUUUCAUGUGUUCUUCAGGAAAACCUCAAGGAAAUUGGUGAGAACGUCCAUAUCUACUUAAUAGGAAAGGAAGAGACACGGACUCAUUCCCUGGCCGUGUCUCUGUAUUGUGAUGAGGAUGAUGUCAUCAGCGUGAGUGGACAGAACAGUUUGUGUCACCAGAUCACAGCAGCCUGUAAGCAUGGAGCAGACUUGUAUGUGGUGGGGGGCUCCAUACCCCGCCGCAUGUGGAAGUGCAACAUGCACACCAUGGACUGGGAGCGCUGUGCCCCACUGCCCAGAGACCGUCUCCACCACACUAUGGUGUCUGUCUCCAGCGAGGACACCAUAUACUCUCUAGGAGGCAAAACCUUGCAGGACACCCUGUCUAAUGCUGUAAUUUACUACAAGGUGAAGGACAAUGUGUGGACAGAGACUAGCCAGCUGGACACAGCAGUAUCUGGGGCUGCAGGGGUUAACCUGAGCGGUACCAUCUACCUGCUAGGGGGAGAAGAGAAUGACAUGGACUUCUUUACUAAGCCAUCCCGUCUCAUUCAGUGCUUCGACACCACCACUCAGAAGUGCCAGAUUAAACCCUACAUGCUGCCGUUUGCAGGCUGCAUGCAUGCUGCUGCUCACAUGGACGUGAUCUUCAUCGUAGCAGAGGGAGACUCCUUGGUCUGCUACAAUCCGCUGCUGGAGAGCUUCACCCGCUUGCGCUUCCCCGAGUCAUGGAGCUGUGUUCCCUCAAUCUGGAAGGUGGCAAGCUGUAAUGGCUGUAUAUACGUUUUCAGGGACAAGUGUAAAAAAGGUGAUGCAAACACCUUGAAGUUCAACCCUGCCACAUCUGGGGUCUCUGUGAUAAGGGGCAUCAAAAUCCUCCUCACAAACUGGCAGUUUGUAUUGGCCUGAAAGUCUGUGUGGAUGUUGACACUGUUGCAUCUAUUCUCUGCUGGUAAUCGCAGGAAUUAUGAUUAAAAUCUAUUCAUGAGCUAUCCUGGCAUCCUCUGAGGGGGAGACUUGGUGUAGAGGCAGAGCUGGUGUUGACACAGUGGGUUUGUAUAUUUCACAGUCUCAUACAACCACAGGACUCUUGAGAGGCUUGUAUUACAAUGUGUCUUUUGUUUUUGUCCAUUAAGAGUUGAGGCACAUUCAGCCCUUUAGUGGUGAAGGUACCCAGUUAAUCAUUGUUUCCUGUGUGAUUUUUCAUUUACUGAAACAUAUGUACAAUAUGUAAAAUGGCUAGUGGUUGUGUCAGGAAGGGCAUCCGAUGUAAAAUUUUGCCAAAUCAGUAUGUGAAGUGACAAGACGGAACGGUCGAGGCCUGGGUUAACAACAGCCACCAUUGGCGCUGUGCCCUCGCAUGGUACCGAUGGAAACUAUAAAAUCCACUGUGGCAACCCCUGAAAAACAGGGAACAAGCCGAAAGAAGAAGAUGUACAAUAUGUAAAAUGUAAGUAAAAAAAAUAUACCAUUGUGCUCAUACAACAAUAUCUUGUUUUUGUGAAAGAAAGUUGAAUCAGUUCAUUUGGACACUGUUUUUCUUUGAUUUUAAUUAUUGAGCAUGCAUCUUGUUUUUGUGUGCACACAGCUAUUCAAUAUUUUAUUUUUAUUUUUUUUACAUUUUCACUUUUCUUUUCUUUUUUUUGCCCUGAGGUAAUUUUUGCUGAAUAUUAUAGGUGUACCUCAUAUUAAACUCUUAUCAGAAGUAUUGAAUAUAUAAUUGCAGCUAUGGAUUGUGAUGUCUUGUUUUCCUACCUGAAGCCUCUGUGCUAUACCAUGAUGCAAAAGUAUUCCCACAUCUUGCCUAUAAACGUCACAUUUACCACCAAAGAUUUGCCCGAGAUCUUUCAUCAUUGCACCUAGAUAGCAAAUCCAGGGGUAAAUAUGCUCAUGUUAUGAUUCUAGAUGUUUUUAACAUAGGCACACUGCACGACACAGACAGACCUCCGAGAUUUAUCACAGAAUUGGUACCACAUCUUGUGAAUGGCAAGGCGAUAAAAAGGGCCUAUUUGUAUCCUUGCAGUGGG